GUCACACUGCUUUUCCUGUCAGGUUUGUUCAUUUUUAAAAGCUGCAUUUGCUGUGGGAUUGAAUUGACAGGAUUUCAGAAGAUGAUUUCAUAUUGUCCAAUCUGUGGGAAACCUGUCUACUUUGCGGAGAGAAAGCGAUCUUUAGGCAAAGACUAUCACCCCCUUUGUCUAAAAUGCUAUCGGUGCAAGCGCCAGUUAAGUCCGGGCCAACAUGCAGAGUACGAUGAGAAACCAUACUGCAAUCAUUGCUACUUACAGCACUUCGGGCCAAGAGGAGCAAGGCGGCCAACGCCUCGAGCCACUCUCGGAGCAGUGGGAUCCAAUGUUCCGGUUGAGAAACCUAGCAGCACUUAGAGCCACCCAGCUUAGGGAAGAUUUACAGCCUCCAUGAUGAAGGAGUUCAGAACAGCAACACAAAAAGGGAAGAAUUUGUAAAGAAAUUGUGUGAGCUUUAGAAAAUAAUUAGCUGUUAUGUGCCAUUACUGUGUACAUGAAGAUACAUACAAAAAUCAUUUGUUGUCAGACCAUCUUACUUAUGUAGAUUUGCAUGUACUACCAAGCUGGUAGCUUCAGAAUGUGAUGCUAAUUCUGCGACCCUGACUGUACCCUGUAUUCUGCCAUCUGUUGGUAAUUCCAGUGAGAUCCAGUUUUCACAGGACCAUAUAAAUAUCUCCAAUCCUUCACAAAAUGGCUCAGUGAGCUCAGUCUCUCUACCCAAUAUAUUGAGCCGGUUGAUAGGUCAGCUGUUGUGAAAAUGAUACAGCCGGCCCAUCUCUGCAGACCACUUUAUAUCCCAAUCAUUUAUUUUCUCUGAGUCCAGUGCAGUGACCAAAAUAUAGACCUUACUUGCAGCUACACGUUAAUAAUAUUUACAAUUGUCAUUUUACCUGUAAGAGUUUUAUAUCUUUCUACAAUAAAAAAUGUAUUUGUGCAUGUUUCCUGCCUGCACCCCUUGACAUCCUGUUGUCAUAUUUCUGUCAUUCUUUUAUGUCAAUUUUUCCCACUUUAAGUUCCAUUUAUAUUGGAAAGUCCUGAUGUAAACUAUCACUCUGCUUGUGCAAUCUGGGCACUGGGUUCUCACAAUUCUCUCAGACUACUUGCUGGUAAAGAAAUUGAAAGCCCUUUUCUCCUUAGAAACUGAAGUCCCUCAUCUCCGAGUGUUUAACCAAUAUAACAAAUAAAAAUAUACAUAUUUCAUAAUAAAAUGAUUAAAUGU